GGCUAAUGCUAGCAAGCUACAAGUUGAGAGCGACCAAAACAAACGAUGACGGCCGAGCAAAGGAGCCGAAAAAAGCUUGGAUUAAGCAUGGGAAUGCUUUCGCUUUGACAGCUGUGGCAAAGUUCGAGAUACGGUAUUAGACAUACCUGUAUUUCUAUUGCGACUUUGAAUGCCAACUGGUCAGUUUGCGAGCUGUAACUGUAUCUGGGAUUGAUGUUCCUGUACACUAACGUUAUGCUUUGGCUAACUUACAGCUUUGCUAACUAGCUAAGUGGAAGCUAGCUGUCAACAAAGCAGAGACGGAUAAAGUGACGGUGCUUUGUGUAAUUACGUUUAUGUCAAAUUCCCUUAAAGAUCCGAGUAAAAAUUUCUGAACUUGGUGAUAGCUAGCUAGCUAACAGUCGAAAUGAGUUGGUUCAACGCAUCUCACCUGUCCACUUUCGCUAAACAAGCUUUAACAACGGCCCAGAAGUCAAUCGACCGAGUUUUGGACAUCAAAGAAGAGGACCAAUGGGGUGACACAGUUGUAAUGCCCUAUGAUGAUGUUACAAUACCUGGAAAGCUGUCACUAAGCGGAGGGUGGGGAAUGACGCAGUGGGAAGCACCCCCUGAAGAAAAGACCACCACUCCUCCUCCUUCCUCUGAGGCCAUUACUACUCCUGUAACCCGUACAGUUGUGGAUGAAUCCGAAAACUUUUUCAGUGCCUUUCUGACCACCGGAGACAUGCAAGGUGUCUCCAACACCCAGGUGGUGUCUGUACCCCCUACUAAGUCUCAAAUGCGGCCUCAAGAGAAGAAGAAAAAGAAAAACAAAGAGGCUGUGGCACAAUUAGAAGUGGAGACUCAAAGGUCAUCACAUGCUGAUGACAGUGAUGAGAGUCAGACAGCUGCUGAAAACCAGCUGGUUGAGCUUGAGUCCUCACCAACAGCACCUUAUGCAGACACUAUCCUCCUGCAGCCAGUUUCUCCUGCUGCUUCUUCCAGCGAUCCUUCUUGUAGCCCUGACAGUAAAACGAGCAGUUUAAAAACAGAUCUUGGCUCUCCAGUUUCUGCAGAAUCAAAAACAGAGCAGUCACAGACUCCAUCAGAUCACCAAGUUGAGCAGGAUACAAUAGACUCACCUGAACCUGCUGCUGUCACUUCUGAACCUAAAAGCUCUACACCUUCUGAUCCUUCGCCCUCCCCGCAGUCAAAGGAAGUACUCAUCGAGCAUAAAGACACAAAGGUGGAGGACCGUCAAAAUGAUACCCCCUCUCCUCCGGUCAGUGCUUUCUCCUCAGGAACCUCUACCACCAGUGACAUUGAAGUGCUUGACCACGAGUCUGUGUUGAGUGAGAGCUCGGCAAGCUCCAGACAAGAAACGGGGGAGGGCAAGGCUGGCCUUCACCUGAUGCAGGGCUCCUUCCAGCUUCUCACUGCCUCCACCUGUGGAGAUUUCCCCCGUCUGGAAGAUUAUUCCAAACUCACAGAGAGCUGCGGCUCUUCCUCGGACGCGUUUGAGCGAAUAGAUUCCUUCAGUGUGCAGUCACUGGAUAGCCGUAGCGUCAGUGAGGUUAACUCGGAUGACGAGAUCCCUGGCAGUCGGACAUUAGCGUCUGUCACCGCAGGCCCUCCUCCUUUAACAGUGUCAUCAGCUGUAUGUCAGAAGCAGGAAGAUGGAGCAGUGGAGAAGGUCGGAGAGGAGCAAGAGGAGGAGCAGGAGGACGAGGAGGAGGAAGAGGAAGAAGAGGGCUUUACUGAUACAAUGAGGGAGCAGUCGGUGGAUGAGAUGGAGGAGAGUGGACGCAGUGCAACACCUGUUAAUAGUGAGCAGCCUGAAGAGUUGACAGAGCAGGAAUCUGAGGCUAAUAUCACACUGUCGGACCCUGCCUCCAUAGCGGAAGAACGGAUCACUCCACCAAUCACUGAAGAGAUGAAAAGUGUCUCAACAGUUCAGAUUUUGGAGCUUCAAAAGGUCAUCGAUGAGCUGUCUGGUCGCCUUGAGAAGAGAGAGUCUCAGCUGCUGGCAGUCAGCAAAGACAAGGCCGGGCUGGAGGAGCAGUGUGACAAUCUCAAAGAUGAAGUGAUAAGCCUGAAGGAGGAGAGCUCCACUGUUCAGUCCCUAAAGGAUGAGUUCACCCAGCGCAUAGCGGAUGCAGAGAGGAAGGCUCAGCUGGCCUGCAAAGAAAGAGACAUAGCCAAGAAGGAAAUAAAGGGCUUGCGAGAAGAGCUUUCUACAAGAUUGAACUCAAGUGAUACAAUGGAGAUCAUCAAAGAGAAGGAAGAGCAGAUCAAAGGCCUGCUGGAAGAAGGUGAAAAGUUGUCUAAGCAGCAGCUGCAGCACAGUAACAUCAUCAAGAAACUGCGAGUGAAGGAGAAGGAGAGCGACACAAGGAUCGCCAAGCAGCAGAGGAAAAUCAAGGAGCAGGAGGAGGAGCUCAGGCAACUGCAGCAGGUUUUGGAUGGGAAGGAGGAGGUGGAGAAACAGCACAGGGAGAACAUCAAAAAGCUGAAUGCUGUGGUGGAGCGGCAGGAGAAGGAGCUGAGCAGGCUGCAGAUGGAUGCUGAGGAGCUGCAGGAGAAGAACCGGAGCCUUCAGGCUGCUCUGGACAACUCUUACAAGGAGCUGGCUGAACUUCACAAGGCACACGUCAGCAGAACCAGUGAGGCAGAAGAAGCAGCCCUUAGCAGGGAAACACAAGCCAAGGAGCAGCUGAGCUUGGCUUUGGAGAAGGCCCAGGAGGAGGCCAGGAUACAACAGGAAGCUCUUGCCAAUCAGGUGGCUGACCUGAGACUGGCUCUGCAGAGGGCUGAGCAACAGCAAGGGAGGAAAGAAGAUUAUCUGCGGGAGGACAUCAGUGAGCUGCAGCAGAGGCUUCAGGAGGCAGAAACCAGGAACCAGGAACUCAGUCAGAGUGUUACCUCUGCAACACGGCCUCUACUGCGGCAGAUUGAGAAUUUACAGGCCUCACUGGGUGGACAGACUGCAUCCUGGGAAAAACUGGAAAAGAACAUUUCUGAUAGGCUGGCGGAUGCUCAGGCACAGCUGGCUGUUGCUGUAGAGAAGGAACGAUCAGCGACUGAAGAGCUUCUGUCUAUUAAGACCCAGCUGGCCUCUUUGGAGUCCCAGAAUUCCAUGUUUCGCCAGGAGAAGGCCCGCCUCCUGGCGCAGCUGGAUGCCGAGAAGUGCAAGAGAGAGAAACUGGAGGAUGAGAGCAGCAGGGAGCAUGUGGAUUUGGAAAAUCUGCGAGGAGAACACAUACGCUUGCUAGAAGAUGCCAAGAAAGAAAAGCUGCUGCUGGCCAAUCAGUUAGAGAUGGAGAAGAUGAAGGUGGAGCAAGAGAAGAAGAAAUGCUAUUUAGCACAAGAGGCACUCAAGGAAAAGGAGCGGAAGGCCAUGACCUACUCUGUAGGAGAGGCCCCAGCCUCCUCCACACCCUCCCUGUCCCGCUCCAGCUCCAUCAGUGGGGUAGACAAUGCUGGUCUACACACCUCUAUUCUUUCCCAGGAUGACUGUUUAGAACACUCUCUGGGUACCAUGACCAUGUCGAUGUCGAUGAGUGGGACCAACCUGUACGAGGCUGCCCGUCUGUCUGGAGGCUCCAGCAUCAUGGAGAACCUGCAGUCUCAGCUCAAACUCCGAGAAGGAGAGAUCGCACAACUGCAGCUGGAGAUCUCCAGUCUAGAGAGGAGUCGUUCUGUGAUGGCGGAAGAACUGGUCCGACUUACUAAUCAAAAUGAUGAGAUGGAGGAGAUGGUGAAGGAGAUUCCCAAGUUGAAAGUUCAACUCAAGGAUCUGGAGCAGAGGCACAACACCAUCCUGCAGAUGUACGGAGAAAAGGCUGAAGAGGCAGAGGAGCUGAGACUGGACCUUGAAGAUGUGAAGAACAUGUACAAAACUCAGAUUGAUGAACUGCUGCAGAACCAGAAAUAAUUUACUGGACUUUUGGUGCUUCUGGGACACUCGCAAACAAAUCAGUUGACCAUCUUAGCCACAUAUGCAUUCACAGAAACAGAUAGGGCAGAGAAUUAAAAUUUAAUCACUGUGUCGAACUCUUUUUUUCUUUUCUUUAUCUAUUAUUUUAUUUUAAUUAAUUAUCACAUAUUAUGUAUUUAAGUGGGUUGUUGGGGUAAUGCAUAACAUACAAUAUAUUACAGAAUCAGUAUGAAGGAUAGCCACAGUUGGUGAUUCUGAUGUCCAUUUGAAAUAUUUGGGGCUUAGCACAAACUUUGCUUUCUGCAUACUUUUUCAUGAUUAAACCUUUUACAUGGUAUUGUAUAGACAGUUUAUAACUGUAGGAGAUGGUCAAGGGUUUUUGCACUAUCAAGUUUCAUCCUUGUGUAUUUCUUCAUGCAUUACCAGAAUGGUUUAAGAAAUAUAAGAAGUUAUUGUACAGAGAAAUCUAUGUAUUGAUCUUAAGUCCUUACAAAUCACACAUUGUGGUGUAGACCUGAGAGUAGUCUGUGAUAGAAAUCCUAAAGAUUGGAUUCUAAACUUUAUAAAUAUGUAAAUGAAUAAACAUUUAUUUGGGUG